AUGAGUUCCCAAUACGGAACCAAUGGCACUUCUGCAGACCCAGAGCCAAUCGCCAUUGUUGGCAUGGGCUGUAGAUGGCCUGGGGGCGUUCGAGACGCGUCCGGUCUGUGGGAGCUUCUAAAGAACAAGCGUUCGGGAUACAGAGAAUUCGGUGACCACCGCUUCUCUCGCAAGGGAUUCCACCAUCCCAAUUCUGAGCACCCAGGCACUGUUGCCACCAAAGGAGGCUUCUUGCUUGCUGAAGAUCCCCGGCUCUUCGACCAUGCCUUCUUUGGUAUUGGUUCGCUCGAGGUGGAGACGAUGGACCCGUCGCAGAGAAAGCUGCUUGAAGUGGUCUACGAAGCUUUCGAAAACUCGGGAGAGCCAUGGGAUUCUUUCUCGGGAUCGACCACUGGCGUUUUUGUCGGCAACUUCAGCUCUGAUCAUCUCAUAAUUCAAGGCAGAGAUACGGAUCAUCCCAGGCCGUACGCGAGUGUUGGUACCGGCACAAGCAUUCUCAGCAACCGCAUCAAUUACAUAUUCAAUCUGCGAGGACCCAGUGUCACCAUCGACACAGCUUGCUCUUCCUCAAUGUACGCAUUACACUUGGCCAUUAGUGCGAUUAGGAAUGGCGAUUGCGACUCCGCAAUUGUGGCUGCCUCCAAUACGAUCAUCGAUCCCAGUACACAACUUAUGAUGACGAAACUCGGUGUUCUUUCGCCCACUUCGACGAGUCACACUUUUGAUUCCUCGGCGGACGGUUACGCGCGCGGCGAGGGCUUCUCUGCGCUGUACCUGAAGAGGACGUCAACCGCUGUUGACGGCGACUACCCCAUACGUGCUCUUGUCAGGGGUUCUGCGCUCAAUGCCAACGGUCGCACCGGUGGCAUUACCCAUCCCGGCAGGGAGGGCCAGGAAGCUGUCAUCCGCAAGGCUUACGAAAACGCCGGCAAUCUUCCAAUGAAGGAUACCACGUUCUUUGAGUGCCAUGGCACAGGCACGCCCGUCGGUGACCCGAUUGAAAUCUCAGCCAUCGGCAAUGUCUUCGGUUCGGCGACCACGCCAGAGAAGCCGCUUCUUGUGGGCUCCAUCAAGACCAACAUCGGGCACACGGAGCCUGCUAGCGCAAUUGCAGGCAUCAUGAAGGUGGUGCUGGCGCUUGAGAAUGGGUUCAUUCCCCCUAGUAUCGGCAUCAAGAAGCUUAAUCCAAAUCUUGACUUGAAGGGUGGCCGUAUCAACAUCUUGACGGAAAACACCCCUUGGCCCGACGGCAGAGUCCGCCGAGCCAGCGUCAACUCUUUCGGUUAUGGCGGUGCGAACGGACAUUGUAUCAUUGACGAUGUCAGGAAUGUGUUGCCUGAUUACAAGAAAAGAACAGCAAAUACGUCCAUUGGUCACAACAACGGCCACACCAACGGCCACACCAAUGGCACCCAUGCGUCCAAUGGUCACAACGGACAUCAUCAAAACGGAAUGAAUGGAAAUUCUGCAUCGCAUUUGGUUGAAAAAGCGGACAAGGUCCACUAUCCCUUCUCAUAUAAACCCACCCUGGUCAAGGACAUCAAUGCCAAACCUCGACGACGUGUGCUUAUCCCGUUCUCCGCACACAAUGAAGCCUCCCUCGACCUCAACAUUACCGCGAUAUCCGAGGCUAUCGAGAGGGAGAAUCUGGCGGAUGUUGCCUACACCCUGGCGGCAAAACGCUCGAGAUUCAUGCAGAGAACUUUCCGCAUCGUCGACAGUGAAAGCCCCGCUAAUGACUUUGCAGUCAAGGAGAAGGUACUCGCCAGCGGCACCCAAACUGCAAGGCUUGGUUUUGUUUUCACUGGACAGGGAGCCCAGUGGCACGCGAUGGGCGCAGACCUGUUCGAAUACGCCGUCUUCCGAACCUCCAUCGAGUAUCUCGACUCUAUUCUCGCCAGCCUGCCAACACCGUCGCCUUGGAAGAUCGAAGACGUUCUGGCAGGGAAUUGCGAUCCCAAUGAUAUUCACAAGCCGGAGGUCUCCCAGACCGUGUGUACCGCUGUCCAAAUCGGCCUUGUCGACCUGCUCUAUACAUGGAACGUCAGGCCUUCUGCAGUAGCUGGACAUUCGUCAGGAGAGAUAGCGGCAACGUACGCAGCUGGCCGGAUCACUGCUGCACAGGCGAUUGCUGCUGCCUACUUUCGAGGCCAAGCCGUAUCCAAGAACAAGAGCAAAGGUCUUAUGUUGGCGGUCGGACUGGGCCUAGACAAAGCUGAGGCAUACAUCUCUGGCUUGGAGUCCAGCGUCAGAAUCGCUGCUGUCAACUCGCCCGACAGCGUAACGCUCUCUGGUGAUGAGUCUACCAUCAAGGACGUUGCCGCUAAGCUCAAUGAGGACAAAGUGUUCAGCCGAGAGCUCAAGACUGGGGGUAACGCAUAUCAUUCCCACCAUAUGCUUGCUCUGGGUGAAUUCUAUAACAGCACCCUCUCCGAAGGCCUCGACUACGUCAAGUCUCUGGGCCAGGCUGAACCGUCACAAUUGUAUGCCACACGGCCAUGGAUGUCAUCUGUCUAUCCAAGCAAAAGUACCGAGAAUCUUCCCGUCUCUCCAAGUUACUGGCGCGCCAACCUGGAAUCCCCAGUACGCUUCUCGGAGGCCUUGGCCAAUAUGUUGAAUCUUCCAGAUCCGCUUGACGUGCUCGUCGAGAUCGGGCCACACCCUGCUCUCAAAGGUCCCGUUGGCCAGAUCUCGAGAAGCGUCGACAAGUCACUGCCGUAUUUCUCGACCUUGAACCGCGGUACAAAUGGAGGGAUCAGCUUGCUUCAACUCGCCGGUAGUCUAUUCAGUCUGAAUGCCGAAGUGGACCUCACUGCCGUGAACGCCGUUGAUGUGAUUAGCGCCAACCAGUUGAAGCUUGUCCAUGGCACUACUGCAACCAACCUCCCGCCUUAUCAGUACGCAUAUGGACCGGUCAUAUACCACGAAAGCCGCUUCAGCAAGGAGUUCCGUGGGCGAGAUAUUGUUCGGCACGACCUGCUGGGAUCAAAGCUUCCAGGAAAUGCCAAGUUGCGGCCACAGUGGCGAAAUAUCCUUCGAUUAAAAGAUCUCCCUUGGCUCAACGACCACAAGCUCCUCCCAUAUCCUGUGUUCCCCGCUGCGGGUUACAUCGCGACAGUAAUCGAGGCAGCUUCGCGCAUAUACAAUGAACAGAGUGAGCCACUUGACAUUACUGGAUACAAGCUCCGCAAUGUCACCUUUUCUUCGGCCAUGAGGCUUCCUGAUGAUGACUUUGGUCUCGAGAUUAUCACGAGCCUAGAGCUUGCCGACGCUGUAAAUCCCAAAGCACCCACAUGGGCCAUGUUUUCCAUUAGCUCCGUCGCACGUGAGGCCGGCACAUGGACAGAACAUUGUUCUGGUCGGGUCAGGGUGAUUGCCGGAACAUCCGUUGCCAAUGAGAAGAUGUCUACAGAGAUGGACGCUCGAACCCUGGACACGAAAGCCUGGUACAAGAAAUUUGCCGAGAUUGGGCUGGGCUACGGCCCUACCUUUCAGCCCUUGUCCAACAUUCGAGCUGAUCCGUCCAAGGGCUUGGCUGUUGCUCAGUUGGCCCUACACACUACACGUGAUACCGUCGAGGGAGGAGAGUCGAAUUACCCGCUUCACCCUGCAUCUCUGGAUGCUGUGUUCCAACUGUCACUUGUUGCCAGUCAUGGUGGCCAGAUCGACCGAGUUCGCAAUGCCUUUGUGCCGGUUCAUAUAGACCAGCUAUAUGUCCGCAAUGGAGUUUCACAGGACUCGGCCGUAGCAAUCGCUCUUGGAUCGAUGAAGGGCCUGCGUAGUGCUCAUGCGAAACUGCAAGUGCUGGACAAAUCGGAACAGGUAGCGUUAGACGUGGGCAACCUUCGCUGCGUCACCUACACAGAAGUCUUGCCUUCUACGGGCGUUGACAAAGAGGCGUUCUCCAGCCCCUUCCUACGUUUGUCGUGGAAACCCGAUAUUCGUGCCAUGGACAAUGAGCAAGUUCAGCGACGAUUUCCCCCUCCUACGGAGAAUGUCGAGAAAGCGUACCUGUUUGACAAACUGGAACGGCUUGGGACGCUCUAUGUUGCUGAGAUACAUGAGCGUUAUGCGGGCCAGGGCCAAUUUUCUUCAGCGCCAGCGCAUAUUGACAAGUUCCUGUCCUGGGUUCGAAGGCGUAUGACGGACGACAACAAAUGGGUUGCCGAGGCUAACAGUUUAACAAGUUCUCAACGCGGUAUACUCAUCAAGGAACUGUUCGCGGAGGUCGGGCACAUUUCGGACGUCAAGAUCGCCAACAAAGUAUUCAACAGCAUGGAAGACAUCUUGAGCGAGCGCAAGACGGGUCUCGAAGUCGUGAUCCAGGACAACCUUCUACACGGCAUGUACGAAGACGGCCUCAUCAUGACAGGAGCGUACCCUCAGCUCGUCCGCUUCUUCGACCUGUUUGGAUACGCGAAUCCCAAUAUGCGCAUCCUCGAAAUCGGUGCCGGAACCGGUGGUGCUACACGAAAGAUCCUCAAAACGUUAAUUGAGCCCCACGGCAUCAAAAGAUACCAGGACUACACGUUCACUGACAUCUCGAGUGGUUUCCUGGCGCAAGCUCGCGAGGCGUUUGCCGAUUUCCAGGACAUGAAGUAUUCCGUGCUGGAUAUCCAAGAGAACCCGCUUGAGCACGGUUACGAAGCAGUUUACGAUGUGGUCGUGGCUUGCGAGUGCUUGCAUGCCACCCCGAGUAUCGUAAAGACUUUGACCAACUGCCGGAAGCUGGUCAAGCCGGGCGGCAGACUUGUCGUUGUGGAAAACACACGGGCGGUCAUCGGCCACGGAUUGGUUCUUGGACACUUGUCGGGCUACUGGGAUGGAAUUCCGGAUGGUCGUGUCGAAAGUCCCUUUCUGCACCUAGAGGGCUGGAAUGCUUCGCUUAACCAGACUGGCUUCGCCGGCGCUGAGCUCGUCUUGGAUGAUUACCCUUCUCCAUACACCACUGCUCGCACAAUUGUAUCUAGCGCAGUCGAGGAGCCUGCGAAGGUUGGCCAGGUUCCGAACGGAACAGUACAUCUUGUUCAUGGUGACAACAAACCCGAAUUACUAAGUCGAAUCGAACAUGAGCUCACCGAGCGUGGGACUGAGUUUAAGGUCAUCUCCAUAGGGGACGUUGAGACUCAUCUGCCCGACAACUCACGCACCGUUGCCUUUGCCGACAGCAAAAGUCUGCUCGUCAAUGCAAGCGAGACUCAUCUCAAGUCUUUCAAAGCGUUAAUCCGCAAGUCCGCAAACUUGGUUUGGGUAACUUUUGGUGGCAUCGUCCACGGCCAUGAUCCCGACGCUUCGAUCACUACGGGUCUCCUACGCACGCUUGGGACCGAAAACCCUACUUCGCAAUUCCUAUCAAUUGACGUUAGUCCCGACAGCGACUUCCAAGAGAUACGGCUGACCCGUACCAUUCUCGACCAGGAGCUUGCCCUGUCCGAUCGCAUCGCCGGCGAGAGUCGAGACUACGAGUUUGUAUGGCAAGAGGAGUGUCUCUGGGUCAGCAGAUUGGUUCCCGAUGUCGCACUACAAGAUAAACUCGAGCUAUCCGAGGGUCGACCCAGCCGCGCUGAGAUGCUGCCUCUGGAUUCCCAAGGAAGCGUCCGAGCCGCCUUUGAGACGCCUGGUCUCUUGACAUCCUUGUACUUCAAGCCGUACGAAGAGACAUGGAAAUUUUUGCCUGAUGACUGGAUCCAAGUGAAGGUGGCUGCAGUCGGCCUCAACUGGAAGGAUCUUCUCACUUCCGCCGGCCGCUUUGAUAUGAACACCUUCUCCUCGGAGUACUCUGGCGUCGUAGCCCAGGUUGGUUCAAAUGUGACAAACGUUGCAGUCGGCGACCGUGUAUACGGAUACGGUAGAGGUCACUUUGGCAAUUACGUACGUGCGCCAGCCAACUUCGCUUACCGUAUGCUGCCUGGGGAAGAUUUUGUCAAGAUGGCCACGAUUCCCCUUGUUGGGAUGACAGCCAUCUACUCAUUCGAAUGUGUUACCCAACUGAAGGAACAGGAGAGGCUCCUCAUUCAGUCAGCCACUGGUGGGCUUGGUCUUUCUGCCAUUCAACUGGCAAAGGCCAAGGGAGCAGAGAUUUUUGCCACAGCGGGAACGCAAGAGAAGCGUCGUUAUCUCAUCGACGUUGCAGGCAUCCCCGCCUCGCACGUCUUUUCGUCUCGCGACCCAGCCGACUUUGCCAAGCUCAUGGAAGCCACUGACGGCAAAGGUUUCAAUGUCAUCCUGAGCACGUCGAGUGGAGAGUUGCUCUAUGACUCCAUCAAGAUGCUGGCUCCCAUGGGUCGAAUAAUCGACGUCGGCCGUAUUGACGUGCAGAACUCCACAUCGUUAGCCCUUGAGCUGUUCAAGCGCAAUGCGACUUUCACGUCCUUUGACUUGGCUGUGGCGGAUGACGCAGACCGGGCUCUCGGUCCUGCUCUUAUGAAAACUGUCAACAAACGUGUCAGAGCUGGACAAAUGGGGCCGCUGAGCUCCAUCACGACGUAUGACGUGUCACAGCUAGAUCAAGCCCUAAUGGCCUUCUCUAAGGGUACACACGUCGGCAAGCUGGUCGUCACGUUCCAGAAUCCGGACGCUUUGGUCAAGAUGGUGCCCGCAGCGCCGCAUGCUCAGUUCGCCAGGAAUGCCAAUUACCUUAUCACAGGUGGGUUGGGCGGCCUAGGCAGGAGCAUCGUCAACUUCAUGGCCGAACGUGGAGCGAGACACUUCACCGUCCUGUCGCGCAGUCGAAAGAUCAAUUCGGAGGGUCAAAUGCUCAUUGACAAGCUCGCCGCUUCUGGGACUGUAGUGGAGUGCGUCAGUUGCGAUGUUAGUGACAGUAAAGACGUUGUCCGGGCUGUUCAAGACGCUGCUGUUGUCCGACCCAUCAAAGGUAUCGUCCACGCUGCAGUCUCUUACCAGGAUUUAUCAUUCGACAAACUCACGAUUGAGCAAUGGACAUCUGCGCUGGCGGCCAAGGUCCAGGGUACUAAGAAUCUGCACGAAGCCACCAAGAUUCAUGCACUAGACUUCUUCCUCAUGACCACGACGAUCGAGUCUUUUGUCGCACUCGCCACGCAGUCGGCCUAUACUGCUGCAAACAACUUCCAGGACUACUUUGCACGAUGGCGACGCCAACAGGGUCUACCAGCUUCGACGGUCUCGUUCGGCCUUAUCCGUGAUGUUGGCCAUCUCAGUACCAACAGCACUACACUCGCUUUGAUGGCCCGUAACAAGGUCAUGGACAUUUCUGAGUACAAUUUCCUCCGGCUUCUUGAACCAGCUUUCUUGAACAAUGAGUCGGCGCUUGAUCCUGCCGCCAGCACAGAACCAUAUACUGGUGCCGUGGACGACCCGCUCUCUGUGACGAACGUGGUCACUUGCUUCGACCCUGCCACUAUGGCGACCCGCAAGCGUGAAGAAGCGGCGGAAAACAACGGCAACACGGGCAACAGUCCACGCUGGUACACUGAUGCCCGUGUCUCGCUCAUCAUGCGAGCGUUUGACGAUGCCGAGCGCUACCAGGCGUCGGCUGACGGCGGUGACGGCGGCAACGAAAGAGGCAACAACGCCGGUGUUGCGAGCUUGCGCAGUGAAUUUGAAGAGACCGUCAAGGCGGGCCCAGCCGAGCGAUCCAAGACCGUGGCGUUGGUGACAGACGCGAUUGUGAAGACGGUGGCUCAGAUGCUGUUUGUUGAUGCUUCGGGUGUCGAUGCUUCGCGCACAGUGGCGGAUUACGGUGUCGACAGUCUGAUUGCAGCGGAGUUGCGCAACUGGUUCAACGUCGCAUUUGGAGCGGAUGUCAGUAUGCUGGAAAUGUUGGAUACUGCUACGAGUAUGAAGAUUUUGGCGAACAAGAUUGUUGAUGGGGCUCUUGCGUAG